UCCAUAAGUUAUCAUUUCUUAGGACGCUACUACCGUUGCUACGAAUCAUCGAAUGGUAUAAUAUGGAACAAGUUUUUUAAUUAUAUCUAUUAAUUGUAAACAUGAGGGCAACACCAACGUGGGUUGACAAGGCUCUUGAUAGCAAUAAGCAUGAGCAAUGGUAAGGACAUUUAAUUUAGCCAUUUAAAUUGUAUUGCUUAAUUUUAAUUAAGUUACCGUUCUGAGUUACGUUAGCUAAAAUAAUAAACUUAUAAAGUCAGGAUUUAUGUACAUUUACAUUACUUACUAAAUGAUUACUUACUAAUAUUAAUGUUACUAAUUAUUACUAACUAAUAAUAAUUAAUAACUUAGGAUUUGGCCUAAUUUAGACCUAAAUACUAAGACUAAGUUAUUAGUAACUAAGACAACUGACAACUUUAUCAUUAUCUAAACUAGUGAAUGUUAAUGUUAGUGAAUAGUAGCCUAAGGCUAAGGCCUAAGUGAAAAUGAGUCUAAUCCUUAGAACUUACUAAGAAGACUACUAAGACUAAGUGAAUAACUUAUAUGUUCAUUUUUUAUUACUAGGCCUAACCACUUACUUAGACUUAGACUUACUACUGCUAUGUAUUACUUUUACUUAUAUAUAGUCCUACUAGUCUAAAAUUUGUAGUCAAAAUAAAUAAUUGGUCUACUCUAACUCUAAAACAACUUAUAACUUAUAAUGACUUAUCUCAUAUAUAAUUUUUCAGUGUGUGGGACUUGUGCUUCAGUCCUGAUGGCCAGAGAUUGGUUGUUGCUGCUGGGAAUCGUGUUCUUGUAUAUGAUGCCACUGAUGGAACCCUGAUCCAGUCCCUCAAAGGACACAAAGAAACAGUCUUUUGUGUUGCUUAUGCCACUGAUGGGAAGAGAUUUGCAUCUGGUUCAGCUGAUAAGAAUGUCAUAAUAUGGACCAACAAAUUGGAAGGGAUCCUGAAGUAUCUGUAAGAAAAUUAAAAUAUUUAUUUCUGAAAAGAGCCAUACAAACUCAGGAGUGCUUUUUUUUCAGAUUAAGAAUUUUUUAAUCUUUGAUACUGUCACAUUUUAUAACUCAGUACUGUUAAUGAAAAGAUAUCACAGUUUUAGAAAUGUAGAAACUUUUGAAAAAGUAUUGUGCCAGUCUUGAAGUUGUUUUUUGACAUUUCCAUUUUAAUUGGUUAAAGGUCAGGGCACAUCAAAACUUUGUUAGGAGCAAAUUCCAUCUAUAAUGUAGUAUUUUUUUAUAUUGUUUGUUUAUUAUGAAUAUACCAGACAGGUUAAAAAUAUUAAAUUGCUUGUUUUUCCUCUAACCUUUCAAAGAUAAUUCAAAUGUCAUUUUAUUUUUCAGGCACAAUGAAGCCAUCCAAUGUCUUGCAUAUAACCCUGUUACUCAUCAGUUGGCAAGCUGUGCUGUAACAGAUUUUGGUAUUUCAUUAUUUAACAUUAUUACUUUAAUGCAAUUAGGAAUAGGAAAUACAAAUUAUAACAAUGAUAUGAUCAAUAAAAGAGUUAUAUUUGUUAAACUUGGAGUAAAUCAUUGGUUUUACACUUAAUCAAGGGUGAUGAAAACUAAAAUAAAUGUUUUUAAGAAAGAUUUUUAAAAAAAGAAAACUAUUUUUGUAGCCAUUUACGUUUUUAUAAAAUUGUUGAAAAGAUUAACAUUGAAGCAAGCUAAAAUUAGUUUGUUAAAUUUAAUUUUAUAAUUCCAUUCUGUAAUGUUUAAACAAAUUUUUGUGCUUGUAGGUUUGUGGUCAUCAGAACAAAAGUCUGUUACAAAACACAAAGUGAGUAGUCGCAUCACUUGUUGCAGCUGGACUAACGAUGGCCAAUACAUUGCUCUUGGGCUUUACAAUGGCCUAGUCAGCAUUAGGAAUAAGGUGAUAUGCUACAUAAUUGGAGAUCCUAUUAUAAAUAGUUAAUGGUUUUAUUCAUUAAGUGUAUAAAGAGUUCAUAAGAAUCAGAUACCACUGAAUAGAAAAAUAAUUUGAUGCUGGUUUUAAUUGUUUUUUCUUUUCAUAAGGCAGGAGAAGAAAAGGUAAAAAUUGAAAGACCCCAGGCAAAUAUGGCCCCUGUUUGGGCAGUUUCCUGGAAUCCUAACAAAGAUGAAACUAGUGAUGUCUUGGCAGUUGCAGACUGGGGACAAAGACUUUCAUUUUAUCAACUUUCAGGCAAACAGGUAAGCAAAAAGAAGAAAAAAAAAACAUUGAAGUAUCUAGAAUGCCAUUCACAGCACCAAAAUAAAAAGGGCAACAUGAUCUCUUGUAUAUAUUUUUUGCAUCUGGUAUGGCUGCUUCCUAUUCACAACCGACCCUCCAUACACAACAGGUUUUAUGAUUAUAGUACUAAGUGGGAAAAAAAGCUGUCAAGCAGCGAUUGAACUCAAGUGAAAAGAUUGAAUUUUCUUUUAGGUGGGGGGCCACUGUUAUAUUAAUCAAUAAAGAGCCUCAGGUAUGGUGUAGGACUGUCUGUAGGACUUUUGUUUAAAGGCCAACUGGUAGGAUGUAAGACUGACUGUAUGUCUAUUGUUUAUAAAAAAUGAGAAGUUAACUCUUUUUUUAACACUUAGACCCAGUGGGUAUUUUCUCAAUAUACCCAGUGUAAAGAAAAUGCAUCCGGUUAACCCAGAGUAUAAAUUAUUUUCUUUCAAUUAUAUCAUUUCUUAUAUAUCAUUUUCUUUUAAAUUAAUAAAUGGUUGCAACAUGGAUCCUUCCCCUAACUCAAUGAUAACAGCUAUUUAUAUUUUUGGUAGUAGCUUUUAAUUUAAGUGAAUACAAUGCAAAAUUAAUUACCUCUAAUGAUACUUUUAGACAUGGUCACUGACAGGGAAAGCUAUUGAUUAAUUAUCUCUAAUGAUACUUUUAGACAUAGCCACUGACAGAGAAAGCUAUUUAAAACUUAACAAAUAUUUUGGUAACAGGUCCUCUUGUAUUUAUUUUUAAAAAUUAUCUGCAUGUCACAUGUUUGAAAUCUUUAUAAUUUAUUGGCACAGAUGACUUUCUGGGAGUAUUUGUGUGUAAUAACAGUUCCUUCAUUCUAUACUUCUAUCAUAAUUCAAUGCAUUUGAUUUUGAUCCCCCAGAUUGGCAAGGAUAGACAACUUGGUUACGAUCCAUGUUGUUUGGGCUGGUAUCCUAAAGGGGAAUAUGUGGUGUUGGGAGGAGCCAAUAAACAAUGUUGUUUACACACCAAGGAGGGGGUCAAGUUAGGGGUCAUUGGAGAGACGCCUGGGUGGGUGUGGAGUUGUGCGGUGAAACCUGAUUCAAAUUAUGUGGUAAGUGAAUGACAUUUGUGCUUAUUCAAUAAUUUUAAAAAUAUUUUAAUUGGGAGGGAAUAUUUACAUGAAACUAUUGAAACUCGGGACAGUAAAACAAAACAAAAAAACUUUAAAUAUUUUCCAGAUUAACCAGGACUAAAUUUUUAUAUCAGUUAAACAGGAUGUUAAAAUCAUAUUUAGAAAUUAUUUCUGGAAAUAAAUACAAAAAACAAUUUUUAGAUGGAAUGUUGUUUAGAAUGGAAGUUUGACAGACACAUAUUAGUUCGAAUGGAAAUUGUUAGUUUUUUUAAACUGUCAAUGUAAUAUGCUAUAAAUAGAAAAUUCCCAAUGUUAGAAAAACUUAUUAAUAAAUAAUUUUUAUUUUUUACUGCUUGUAUUUUUAUUUUUUACUCAAAUCACCAAUAAUUAAAUUAUUGUAUUAUGAUUUUUUUUUUAUUUAAAAAUUUGUGUAAAUAUCUGUUUGUUAAGAAAGAAAUAAUAAUAAAUAAAGAAAACAAAUUUCAAUUUGAAAAAAAUUCUAUUCAAACAAUAUUCCUUUGUAAAAAUUUGUUUCGUACAAAUGUCAGAUAACCAUGAGCUAUAAUUGUGUUAAGAUUUAUAUUUUUACAAAAUCUGUUACCUAAUGUUGCAUACUGACAACGGGGAGUUGUUUGUUUGUUUUUUUGUGAAGAAUGUGUGAUGUAUUUUUCACAGUAUAUGCUUUCCUGUAAAUUCUCCUAAGCUCUUGAUUAUAAGCUGUGGUUAUUAUGAAUAGUAUCACUUUUAUUUAUUUUUUCCUAUUGGCCUAGAUAAUUCAAAGAUAUCUGUAUUUAAUUUCAGAAACUAAUUAUUCUCAAAAAUUUACAUAAAUUCUUAAAUAAAUAAUUUUAAGUGGCUUAAUGUCUCAAGACAAUUAUAUACUCAUCCCAGAAUGCCCAGUUACAUUAAUGCUAAAUGAACAAAAUUUUAAAAAAAGAGAGAGAGAGAGAGACAAAUUGACACCUCCCCCCACCUUUUUUUUCUUCUUCUUCCAUCUUUAUGCUCCUUCUUUGUACAGCAAGUAAAGAUAAUCUUAUUAGAUUAUGAGACACAAUUUGUGUAAAUAAAGUAACAUAUGUUAAGGUUUAAUUAAUUAUGAUUAGACAAAAUAUAAAUUCAAAUGUUUUGGUUAAUGCCAUCAGCACAACAAAAAUCAUUAAUAGAUUAUAAAUUAAAGUUAUAUUAUGUAUGUAUAUACUAUCUAUACAAAAAAUGAAAGAUAUGAAUAGAAUAUGAAUGGGCACAAGUCCAUAACAAAAUCUUUUUUUAGAAGAAUGGAAAGAAAGUGGGUCGAAAUACAAUAUAAAAACCAAGCAGGAAAGAGAGAUUGCAGAUAUGUAAUAAUGUGACCAUUAUUAUUUUCUUAACAUAUAUGUUUUAUUUACACAAAUUGUAAGUGUCUCAUUAUUCUACUUAAAAGCUUUCUUGCAGUCCAACUUUUUUAUAAGUUAACUAUAUAAAAAAAAAUUAAUGAUCUAACACAUAAAACACUUAUCGUUACCUCUAGGCUGUAGGAAGCAAUGAUGGGACCAUUGCCUUAUACCAGCUUAUUUUUAGCACUGUGCAUGGCUUAUACAAAGAGAGAUAUGCUUACAGAGACAAUAUGACAGAUGUUAUUAUACAGCACCUAAUAACAGAUCAGAAAGGUGGGUUCUAACAGUUGUUGAAUAGCAUUUAAGUGUUUGAAUUGCUGUAUGGCUAUAGGAAAAGAACAAAAAGAAAGAAAGAGCAAUAAUUAGUUGUGAAUUCUUAGUGAAUUGUAUUAAAGAUAUUUCAAUUGGGUCUUUCAGUUCGUAUAAAGUGUCGUGAUCUGGUGAAAAAAAUUGCUAUUUACAGAAACAGGCUUGCGGUAAGUUUGUAACAACAAAAUUUAUUUUAAAUUAUAUUUUGGUACUUAAAAUGAUUAUAUUUGAUACAUGUCAGUGAAAUUGUAUGCUACUUUUGUUUCCAUCAAAAUGGUCUUGUGAAAUAUGUAAUUUUAACAACUUAUGUUCAAUUGUACAUUCUGAAAUGUUAUUUUUUUAAAUCAGGUCCAGCUUCCUGACCGCAUCAUUGUGUAUGAGCUGUACUCUGAUGAUUCAGCUGACAUGCACUACAGGGUUAAAGAGAAAAUCAAUAAGAAUUUUGACACCAAUCUGUUAGUAGUUUGCUCUCAACACAUUAUUCUCUGCCAGGUUAGUUUCUUGAAACAGCAUACUUUGUAUGGCAAGUUCUCUCACUAAAUCAUUUAAAUUGCAUGGCAAAUACUCUCACUAAAUUGCAUGGAAAGUUCUCUCACUCAAUCAAUUCAAAGAGGAGAAAAGCUAUUUUGCUAAGGAUAAUAGCAAUUAUUUAAUAUUCCUCUCUAAUUUUGUCUGUUUUGUUGUUGCAGCUUUCAUAUUAAUAAUAGGAAAUAUGUUAUCAUCACUCAACUGAAAUUCAAAACCUUCAACCUUUAUCUCAAAACCUUAAAGUCUUCAGCUGUAAAUAAUUUUUGUUUCAGGAGAAAAAGCUGACCUGUUUAUCAUUUUCUGGGGAUAAAGAAAGAGAGUGGGUGAUGGAGUCAAUUAUUAGAUAUAUCAAAGUCACUGGUGGCCCACCUGGCAAAGAGGGGAUACUUGUGGGGCUCAAAAAUGGUCAGGUAGGUCAGGUUUUGUUAAAGAUAUAUUGGCACAUAAACCUUGUUUUACACUUCAGAUAAUAAAAUAUCACAGACAUAUGACUGUGACAGUUCAGUCUCUUAAGAUUUUUAGGUCAUAAUAAUGAGUAAAUUUAGAAACUUUCGUUUUGCUUCCAUAUGAGAGUGAAAUACCAUUUAUAUCAUUGGUUAUUAUUAUAAUUAAUGUCUGCUUCAUUAAUCUUGAAAAUAAGCAUUUAACUGUUUCAGUAUAAAACUUGUCACUAUUAUACUGAAGUUAUAAAUAUCACUCUUUUAAUAUCCCUUAUUUAUAAUUAGUUAUCUUAAAAGAAAAAUCCGUUUUACACGAAAACCAAAAUUUAAAAAAAAGAAAUUUUUGGGGCCAAUGUUCAGAAGAUCAUUGGUUGGAUAGAUAAGUGGGGCUGAUAUCAAUGAAUGAACUUCAGCCAGAUCCACAAAUUUUCUUCCAAUGCAGCUGAUACGCCAAAAAACAUAAAAUAAUUUCAGAAGUAAUGGAAGAAAAACAUAACUUGCCUUCUGAUACCUCUUUUCUUCUAUUUAGAUAAUGAUAAUUCAUUUAUAAAAUGUAAAAAAUCAUAAUACACUCCCUCCCACAUGAAGAUCUUCAAGAUUUUUGCCGACAAUGCUUUUCCAAUCCUUCUGAUGAAACAAAGCACAUCGGUAAGAUGUCUAGAUCUGAGUUCCUCACAGAACAAACUGGCAGUAGUUGAUGAGCAAAGCACUUGUCUGGUUUAUGACCUGACAACUAAGGAGUUGCUUUUCCAGGUUGGUUUGUUAAAAGGAAAAUAUAUAUAUAUAUAUUUUUAAAUAUAACCUUUUAAAAGACAUUUAAAGUAUUGGUUUUUCUGAAAAAUUUGCCCUAAUAUUUAAAAUGUGGUUUACUUUAUAUAAAGGGUUUAAAAUAAUUCCAUUUUGUAAAUCUUUUAACCAUAGUUUUGUAAAGUUUAAAAAUCACAAAUAAUUUUUCGAUUACAAAGCUUAUGAAAGUAUACUACAUUACCCAUUUUAGUUUCAUGUUCUUUAGUUUGUUUUUUUUCCUGCACUUUUACAUAAAUUAGAUGAAAAUCUGAAAAAUAAAUUAUUAUGUUUCAAUUUUGAAAAUGUAUAAUUUGUGAAGGAAAGAAAUGCUAACAGCGUUGCAUGGAACACACAAUAUGAGGAUAUGCUGUGUUUCUCUGGGAAUGGCAUGCUGAACAUUAAAGCCAGUAAUUUCCCGGUUCAUCAACAAAAGUUACAGGUGACCUAAAAAUAAUUAAACCCAUUUUUAGAAAUUGCUAAAGCUUAUAGCACUUUAACAUAGUCUAAUUUUGUGUACUUUUAGAUAAAUUAAUGAAUUCUUGGAAUUUAAUUUCUUUAAAGUGUACAUUUUAUGGAGGCAAUUUACAAGUCAUGUAAAGAUAAAUUUUAAAAAGCAUAUUAUUAUUAAAUAAAUUAUGCUAAGAAAAGUAGAAUCAAGACAUCAGUUUUUACAGAAGUGAGUUUUUAACUUGCCAGGGCAAGAUCUUAUGUCCUUAAGAGGUCACUUAUUUUUAGGACAGUGAUUCAAUAAAACUUUCCUCUAUGUUCAUUCCAGAUUUAAUUUGUGUGUCAACAUAUUUAUUAUAAACUAUUUCAGGGGUUUGUUGUAGGAUUCAGUGGCUCCAAGAUUUUCUGUUUACAUGUGUAUGCCAUGUCAGCUGUAGACGUGCCUCAGUCUGCACCUAUGUACCAGUACUUGGAGAAAAAAAUGUUCAAGUACGUUCAGUUGUGCUGAAGAUCUUUUUUCAUCAAUGUGUAUUAUUUGUAAUGUUAAGAAAUGAGUUAAGCUUUUUUGGUCUUAAUUGCAAAGUAAAUACUAUAUUGGAACUUUUUAUAGCUUCUAUACUACUAUUCUAUAAGUGAUUAUUAUGAAAUAAUAUGGUUAAUAUUGGAAAAAUAACAUUUUAAAUGAAUAUUUGUCGAAAAAGCAUUAAUUCAGCAUUGUAAUAGGUGCUCUCAUAGAGAAGACUUUAAAAAAUUUUUAAAUUUUGUUAUCCUUCAUUGGAAUAAAAGUAACCCUUUCAACAUAGUGCACAAAAUAUAUACUGCUUCACAAUUCUAUUUAUUUAUAUUAUUUUCUCUUUAUUAAUUUACAUUAUAUUUGAUGGUCUUAACUUCGUAAAAGGUAAUGAUGAAAUACUUUGAUAUAAGUUUUACUCAAGUACAUGAAUUUUCACAUUCUUUGUGAGUGUAAAAGUACAUUUUUUUUAUUUUCAGAGAAGCAUAUAAAGUGGCAUGUCUCGGUGUGACAGAAGGAGACUGGGAGGCCUUGGCCCAUCAGGCCUUAGAAGGACUGGACUUUGAGACAGCUAAAAAAGCUUUUAUCAGGAUUAAAAAUCUUCGAUACUUGGAGUUGAUUCAUGGUAUAGAGGUAGGUCACCUAUACAUUUUCGUUAAAAUAAUGCAUUUACUUUAAUGAAAAUAAAAUGAGCAAAUAAUUUAAAAUCAUUGUCAUCUUGUUUUUUAGGGCGAAGAAAAAUUCCUAUUAUAAAAGGUGGGUGGGGUGGCUAGUUGAAUUUGUACAUUACUUUACUUCUUCUGUUGCUUGACAUAAAAUAAAAUUGCUGCCUUUGAUAUUUAGGAACGCAAGCGGCGAGGUGAGCAGGACAACAUGGUUUUCUUGGGUGAUGUGUACUCCCAUCAGGCAAAGUUCCAUGAAGCUGCAAAGUUGUAUAAAAAAUCUAACCAAGAGCAGAAAGCUCUCAACAUGUACACUGAUCUGAGGAUGUUUGACAAUGCUAAGGUAGUCUUGAAAUUGUUUAUGUUUGGAUUGUCCAGUGUUGCUUCCCACCUGCUCAAAAGAUCCAGCUGCAAACAAAUUUUUUUUAAACAAAUUGAUUUUUUUUUUAAAUGUUUUUUUGAGUGGCGGAAUAUUUAGAAAAGAGCUGUGACCAGUGGCGUAGCUAGGGUUGGUGUCACCCGGUGCGAUAAACUCAUGGUGUCGUCCCCCCCCCCCCAUUACCAUGAUGGUUUUUUUCUUGUUAAAAUAAGUCCACAAUAUAACAAAAACAAAUAAAUCGAAGUUCAUGUUAAUAUAUUUAAAAACGUUAAGUUAUAGCUGUAUUUAAAUGGUGUCGUCCCCCCCCCCCCCAUUACCAUGAUGGUUUUUUUCUUGUUAAAAUAAGUCCACAAUAUAACAAAAACAAAUAAAUCGAAGUUCAUGUUAAUAUAUUUAAAAACGUUAAGUUAUAGCUGUAUUUACUUUAAAUUUACAAUUUAAAAAUUUCCUUUCUCUGUCUUCAAAGCUGCAAACCUGUCAAUCACUUGAUCAAAAUCAAAGUUUUUCACUGUAUCACUUUCAAUUUGAUAGCAGAGCCACAUCAGAAAACCUUGACUGUCACAUGGUGGAUCAUAAAUAUUUCUUGAUAAGCUUUAGUUUUGAAAAGCUCCGCUCUCAUGAAGCCACAUACACACACAUCAUAAGAAAAAAAUUAAAGGCAUAGCGAGAGUAUUGGAAGAGAUUCCAGUAAUACCCAUUCAGCUUUGAAUUUCAAAACAUAAAAUACUGACCAGUCCAUGACUUUGAGAAAUCAGCUGCUUUUAAAUGUCUUCUAAGCCUUGAUAUUUCUUUUUAAAGUUCAUCUUCUGAUAACUCAUCAUUGAAAGAAGUUAGUUUUUGAACGGACACCAAUAAAUCUUCUUCACUUGCUGAUACUAGACUCUUGGGUUGAACAGACACAAACAAACUUUGUACUUCCUUGAUCACUGAUGAUCUGAUGUGGAGUUCAGAAUGAAAGCGAUCAAUACACUCCAGCAUCUCCCUACUGUUUUCUUCUCCAGAAAGAGUUCAGCAUCUAUUAAUUAAUAGUUCUCCUGCCAUUCUCUUCUUAAACCUUAAUCUUCUCUCCACCGAAAUUCCAUAUUGGUCUGAUUUUAAAAGUGCCUUAUCAAUAGCAUGUUCCACUAAGUGACGACGCUUCUCGUGCAGAAGCAGUCUUAAGGCCUUUAGGUUUGUCAUCACUUUGUCAAGAGUAAUCCCUUAAAUCUGCAGAUAGUGCUGUGUAAGAUUAACUUCCUCAAGCAGAUCAGCCCAAAGUUAAAGGUAGCAGAUAAACGUGAAAUCACAGACAACAUGUAAGAGAUCUUGAGCUUAACCUCUUGUGUGCAAAUUUUUACAAGGUGGUGACAUAGAGCUUUAAUCGCCUCCCAACAUUCAUCAAACACAUCUUUCACUGUUUUAACAGUAGCAUGAUGAGCACUCCAAAGCGUUGUUGAUAUUCUUUUCACCGACAUUACAGUGUGUUCAAUUAGAACAUUCCAUCAAUUAUUGGAUGCAGCAAAGAAGGAAAAUAUUCUUUCAAGAGUACCGAAUAAUGUAAUACAUGAAGCAUUUUAUGAUACGACUUAUCCCUCCUUGUAGGUGAAAUCCCCCCCCCCCCCAGGUGAAAUCCCCCCCCCCCCUUUUCAACCUCCAAAUUUUUUUGGGGUUUUAUUAUUUUAUUUCAAAAUCAUGUCCCACACCUGGGAACCUGUGUGCCUUGACAGUUCUUGUCAUUGAAAGUAGAUAAAUACAUUAAGUAAUCAGGAGUGAAAUGUUGUGGACAUGUGGUGUACUUGGUUAACUUUCAUCAGGAAUUUCUUGGAGCUGGCGACGCCCAGGACAAGAAACUUCUCAUCACCAAGCAAGCAGAUUGGGCAAAGAGCAGCAAUGAGCCCAGGGCUGCAGCAGAAAUGUAUAUCUCAGCAGGGGAAUACUUGAAAGCCAUUGACAUAAUUGGGGACCAUGGAUGGCCGGACAUGUAAGUUGGGCUUGCCAUCUAUGACCAUGACAGACAAGUCAAUGAAAUACAGAUGACAGACAAGUGAAUGAAAUACAAAUAUAGAAACAAAUGUAUAGCUGGUAUCUUUUUUUUAAAAAGAGAAACCAUGAUUUAAUUACUCUACUUAAUUGAUAUAUGUAAAAGGUAUAGUUUAAAUUCAGAUUCCAUUUUAAAUAAUUUGAAAUUUCAUUUGGGACAAAAUUAAUGUUGUACACAUUUGCCAGCAUUCCUGGUUCACUUGAAGGAUAUUGCGACAGAAAAUCUGAAUGCCACAGAUCCUAAUAUCCAAAAAUGCAAUACCUCCAUUAGAAACUAAUAAUAACAAAAACACAAUCUGAAGCAAUUUGUAAUGGAUCACCUUGGGCAUGGAACAUGGUGCAAGGCGUAAUGUCUACAUAUGGCCGCCAGUAAUGGAGCUGUAUGAGAUUUUUUUUUAAACUGUCGCAAUUUUUUUUUUUAAAAGAUGAUAAUAGAAAUCUCCAAAAUCGUGCUUAUUCAUUGAGAGACAUUUGACAAUGUAAAGCUAAAAUUUAAGUUGUUGAUUCAGUGUUUAAUGUCUAGGAUGAUUGACGUGGGAUUUAAUGUUUCACGUUUAGGAUGAUUGACCUGGCUCGAAAGAUUGACAAAGCUGACAGAGAAGCUCUCAGCCGGGCAGCCCAACACUUGGCCAAGAUGGAGCAGUAUGGCUAUGCUGCAGAAGUCUAUAGUAAAAUGGGGGACCAGAAGGCUUUGAUCUUAAUGAGAGUGGAAGCCAAACAUUGGGAUGAUGUUAGUAACAAUGAGUUUUUUUGUCAGAGACACUACACAAACAUCUCAUGUUAUGUCCAUUAAACUUAUGUUUAAUUCAUCUAUUUAAUUAAUUAUGUUGUGAAAUUUGUAAUAAGUGUUAAUAAAUAUUUUAGAUGCUGUUUGCCAUGUAUAUAGAUUGGUUAAGUUUGGUAAGGUAUCUAUAUAAUAUUAAGGGGGAAGUAGGGGGCAUUUGUCCACUGUCAAGUGGGGGUACACAUUCUGUCAUGUUUUUGUACUUAACCUCAAUUUUUCACAUUUAUAAUGCAUCUAGUUUGAGAGAGGGAGAGACAAUAGGUUAGGCAUGUGGACAAAGAUGGUCUUGAAAUUUGUAUUGACAUGUAUUCAUGUUAAGAAGCAGGGGAUGGUGGAUACUCUACUUGUAACACAUAUAUUUAUCCUUGACAUCAUAUAAUCAUUAAACUAUUAACAGAAUUAAACUGUAGAGAAGUAUGUAAGAGAAACAUACAUAAAUAAUUGCCAAGUAUGAGAUUGGAUGUUUAAAAUGUAAAGAUCAUCUUUGGGGGGGAAAUUGAGACAGUCUUUUUUCAUAAGGGUGUUGACAGACAUAAAUCUAUGAGGCAUCAAGCAACAUGUAGAUGAAAAACUAUAGGAAAACUAUACAUUUUCAUGAUUUGGUAGUCUCCCCCCCCACCCACACCACCCAUCUACAGUAUUGAAACAGAUGUUUAAAAUGUAAAUAUCAUCUUUGGGGGGGAAAUUGAGACAGUCUUUUUUCAUAAGGGUGUUGACAGACAUAAAUCUAUGAGGCAUCAAGCAAAAUGUAGAUGAAAAACUAUAGGAAAACUAUACAUUUUCAUGAUUUGGUAGUCUCCCCCCCCCCCCAACCACCCAUCUACAGUAUUGAAACCUAUAUGACAGCCCUCAUAUAAAUCAGCUAACAACUGUAACCAGAAUUAAAAGACUUAAUUAAUGAAGUCACAGGUUUAAUAUUUUAGAAUGAUUCAUUUGUUUAUAAUAAGAAGAUGAGGAUGUUCAGUUUUAUUGAGAUGCGAUCUUUGCAGGCUUUCACUUUGGUAGAACAACACCCAGAGUACAAAACAGAUGUGUACGUCCCUUAUGCACAGUGGUUAGCUGAAAAGGAUCGUUUUGAAGAAGCCCAGCAAGGUACGUUGUUUCCCUUACAGUUGUAAUCAAUGCAUGUUUUUCUAAUAAAUGAAUGUAAUACUCAUGGCAGAUUAAAAAUCUUGAUUUGGCAUUGUUUUCAAUAUGCCAAUUAUGAAUGUUAAUUUUUAUUCUUUUAACUUUUCAAUCUGGCCAAAGAAUAUUAAGAACAUGGGAUCCAAUAAUUUAGAAAAAUAGCUUAAACCUUGUUUAAAUGAGGAGAGUGAAAGUGUCAUAAUUCCUUUAAAUUAAAAGAUAAACUUCACAUGCGCUAGCAUUUUGUAGUGAUGAUCUCAAAAACGUUAUUGUGUUUAUUUAUAUAUACAUAGCCUUCCAUAAAGCCGGCUUACAAGCUGAGGCUGUCAAAGUCUUAGAGCAGCUGACACAUAAUGCUGUUGUAGAGUCAAGGUUUGAUGAUGCAGGUUACUACUUUUGGAAGCUCUCCAUCCAGUGUCUUGAUAUUGCCAGGGGUAAGUCUGAGCUUUGGUUGCCAUGAAAACCCAUGACAUAAAGUAAUUAUAGCCUGACUUAUUUAGCUUUUUAUUGGGCAUGUGACAAUCAGAGUCAUAUUAACACAAAAGGACCAACUGCAAUUUAGGCCAGUUUAUAAAACUUACAUUUUAAUUCCAAAGUUUUUAUUAGGAAGCCAUUUCUUAUAUUUACAGACUUAUACUUUUUACUAUGAUGUAGGAUACAUUUACCUUUACCCAUGUUAUAAUGCUAACUAUUUAUUUGGAUGACAAGAUAGUCUCCUAAUAUUCUUAAUUUAGUUUAAUAUGCGGAUAACUGCCUUUUUAGCAGAAAAUUCCCUAUUUUUUGCAAUGCCUUUCUUCAGGGUUUUCCCUGUAUAAAUAACACUAAAUUUAGCCAUUUUUAUAUGGCAUAGCAUUUAUUGAAUGAACUUUCUACCAUAAUUACUGCUAAUUUUAUAUAGUUUUUGGACCUUGAUUUUCAAAGAAUGAAAUUUUAUAUAGUUUUUGGACCUUGAUUUUCAAAGAAGAGUCCCAUCAAAUGAUUCAAAAAGUAAAUUUUGACCCAAUUUACACACAACAAUGUGCAAAGGAUUACAUUUACUUCAGUUAUUUCUAACAACACUACCAAAUAACAUGAACACCAAAAUGCCUACACCUGGUUGGCAAAUGAAAAAAGUCCCUUUAUUUUAAAAUAAUGGGAUUCUUUUUAAAAAAAACAUUGUAUGAGUAAAAUCUGACUUAUUAAUUGAUUGGCAUGGAUUUAAUUUAUAUUUUUGUUUCAUUUUACAGAACAACCAGAAAAAAGACACGACAUGCUUCAGAAAUUUCAAGACUUUCAAACUAAAGCCAACAUAUACUAUGUAUAUCACACAAUAAACCGUCAUGUGGUAGGUUUUUAUAUGUGGUAUAUUUUUUAUAUUUCUGAAAUAAAAAUCCUUUAAUUUAUUCAUUGUUUUAUAAGACAAGAAAUAUUUUUUUUCUUUGAUUUGAUUUUAAUUUUUGUAUUACAUUUAAUUUUUCAGGUUGAACCCUUUACCAGUGUCAUGCCUGAAGGACUGUUUAACAUGUCUCGUUAUUUACUCCACAACAUUGAUGAGGAAGUGCCUUACGGUGUUUCCAAAUCAUAUCCUUAAGAAAAAUGCCUCAUUUAUUGAUAUGUUUAAAAUUAGAUUAUGUUCUUUAAGACUUAUAUUUUUUUUUUUACAGGACUGAGGGAGAAAUAUAUAUUGGAGCCAAUUUAAAUCAAUUUAAUUAUAUUUGCAACAGAAACUAAGGAAAUUGUCAUUAUAUAUUAUAUAUUAUAUAAUGACAAUUUCCUUAGUUUCUGUUGCAAAUAUAAUUAAAUUGAUUUAAAUUGGCUCCAAUAUAUAUUUCUCCCUCAGUCCUGUAAAAAAAAAAAAAAGUGCAAAUUUAUAUGUACAUAACAAAUUUGAGACUAUUUAAAAUAUACCUAAUUGCCUUUUGGAUUAGAUAUUUUUGGCUCCAAUAUAUAUUUUCUCCCUCAGUCCUGUAAAAAAAAAAAAGUGCAAAUUUAUAUGUUCAUAACAAAUUUGAGGCUAUUUAAAAUAGACCUAAUUGCCUUUUGGAUUAGAUAUUUUAUUCCUUAUAUCAAUUAUUUAUUCAUCAGAUAAAACUAGUUAAUUAGUAGAGCAUUUAAGAAAAACACAUAAUUUUAAAAUUGUACUAAAAAAGUUUCAUUUCGGCUGAUUCCAUAACUUUUCCCAAAUCAACGUUGUUUACCAUUGCUAAACAAAGCAAAAAUCUUGGAGCUUACAAACUGGCACGCACAGCUUAUGAGAAGUUACGACUGAUGCGUCUCCCACAGAGAUUUCAAGAUAACAUAGACCUUGGCUGUUUAACUGUUAGAUCUAAACCUUUUCAUGAUGCAGAGGUGAGGAAAUUUAACAUCAUCAAAAAAACCCAAUCGCUGAACUUUAAAGAAUUUUUUUUUUAUUAAUUAAUCUUCAUAAGCUUAUAUGUAUCAGUAUCAUAGUUUACUAUUCUAAAAUAUUAAUCAUCUUUGAAAGCUAAAGAAAUUUUGCAUCAUAUCUCUGAUGCCAUUAAAUGAAUCAUACCUGUCAAUUUUUGUCCAACCUUACUUUUACUUAUUUGCAGCUUCAUAAUUAUCCCUCUUUCCUCACUUAGGGUCAAGAAAAAUUGAUAAGUCUGAAGUAAUUUAUUUCUAAUCUUAUCUCAAACAAUUGACAUUAAAAUUUAAUGGGAAUCAGAAAAGUUAGCUUCAUAUUUAUUAUGAAACUUUUUUUAUUAAGUCUGUUCAAAUGUACAGUGUAUUUUUGCUGUGAAAUCAACGAAAUGGAGGCACAAAAAUAUAUAUUAUUUUAAAGAUUCUUCAAAGUUAUAUCAACAUAUUACUUUUUAUCUUCCGUCACUGCUAGGAGCUGUUACCUAUGUGUUAUCGCUGUUCUACAACAAACCCUCUAAUCAACAAAACUGGAAAUAGAUGUGUUAACUGCAAGCAACCUUUUGUUUAUUCAUUUGUAAAUUUCGGUAUGUGGAUGUAGUCAGUGAAGUUAAUGCUGUUUUAGUAAAGAUUUCUUUUUUACCUUUAGUUUUUUGCUAUGAAGUGAGAAUAAAAUUUUUUUUUUUUAUUAAAUCCAAAAAUGUUUGAUUGUUCUUAUUAAAAAAAUUAAUAUCUUCCUUUAACAUUUUUUUUCAGAGGUGCUGCCCCUAGUAGAGUUUGUUUUGGAUGAAAGCUUGAGUGACCAGGAGGCUGUUCACAUUCUGGACAUGUCUAUUCCCAAACAGAAAAAAAAGGGAGGCCCCUGGUCUGAAACUAAAAUGAACAGUUUCCUUUUCAAAAUUUGUGCAACUGAGUGUUGAAAAAAAAAAAAGACUUAAAAUAUCCAAAUGCGUCAUCUUAAAAAUUGAAUUUUGCAAGAAUUGGGGGGGGGAAAAAAUUGAGGCUGAAAUAUAAUCAGAAAAGUUACCUGAGUGUUUUUGGAUUAGAUUAAUUUCUACUUAACAGUGUCACGUAAAUUUGUUUUUAAAAAAAGUGUAAAAACUGUCUUUUAACAAAGUGCUGUCUCAAGGAAAAAAAAUUAAUGGAUCCAAAUUUACAAAAUAGAGAACAAAAUUAUUACUAUUUUGAUUUUAAAAUUCAUGAUACUUGUGGCUAUUAAUUUUGUUACAGCUUAUGAGUUGAGUUUUACUGUUUUUAAAUUAACCUUAACAUCCUGAAGAUUUCCAGUCAUUACGUUUGGGGGAAGAAGCACCAGAAGAAGAUGAAGACCCUUUUACAGCCAGACUCAAAUCAUACAAUGUAUGUAAAAUGUUAGAAUAUUUUGCAUUCACAUGAAACAACUUGGCUCCAUAUUCAUGAUAAUUUGGCAUGCUUCUUUUACUACCUACAUGUGUAAAGUUAAAGGACAGGUGGUAAAAAAAUGUCCAGUUCUUUUCUAUUAAUAAAAUGAAUUGAUAGAGAAAAGUCUAAAGGGAAUGUAUCCAAUUAAUUGUGAAGAAUAAAAUCCAUUUAAAUUUAACAUCAUUAGGGCAGAGAUAAUUUAUUUACUUUCUAAUUUAUUUUUAAUGCAUUUUUUCUGGGUGAGUUUAGGAUAGUGAUCAAUUUCAACCUGUGGUUGUCAACAAAUCAACCCUGCAAACCAUGUCCCGAUCAGAUGUAUAUAUUUUAAAAUGGCCAAAACCCUUGAGGUAUCAGUUCUUCCGAUCCCUUUUACCUGAUGUUCCCAUCACACUAUGUUCCAACUGCAACAAGGUGAGUAUUUUAUGUUUUAUUUCAUUACUAUUUUUUCUCUUUCAAAUGAAACAAAAUCUUAGAUCUGUAAAAUGUGUAUCCUGCAUGUGAUAGUGGCUCAUGAAAGGAACAUUAUUGGAAGUGCCCAGCUUUUAUUAAUUAAUAAUAAAAUUGAUUAUUAAUUCAAUUAAAAAAAUUAUUGUAUCUUUAUUAUAUUAAUUAGGUGAUCAUAAUUUUAGAAUAAAGUUUUUAAAAAAUUAAAUAAGGCAAAAUCGUCAGAGAACUGUUGUUAUUAAAGUAAGAAAAUGAGUAAAACAAGUUUGACCAUACUUUGUUUUACUCAUUUCCUUUUUUGCUAAAGUUGCAACUUCUCCCUUUACCUUUUUACUAUUAAAUUACUAUUUUUUUCCCACUGCUUUUUACCGUUUUUUUUAGCUGUUCCAUACAGAUGAUUAUGAGCAACAAUACCUUCAGCGUGGUCAUUGCCCAUUCUGUAGGACCAAGUACGAUGACUAGACCAAAUGUUGUUGUUUUUUUCUACCUGGCUACAAUGAAUUGUCAAUUUUUCCACUGAGACCUGAUGUUUCAGGAUUUCUUAAAUGAAGAUGUGAUGAAGUUCACUUUUAAGCAGUAAUGGUAAAGAAUUUAAACGGCACGGUUAACAGUAAUUUAAGUUAGGAAAAAUUCACUUUAACUUAGUGUUCAACACAUAGUUCAGUUUGUUAUUUUUAAUGCAGAAAAGAAAUGUUUUGAAUUUUUGAUACUUGAAUAGAGUAAAAUUUUGUUUAUUUGAAACCUCAUUUUUUAUUGUUACGGUAUUAAAAAAAUAAUAAUUCAAUAAUAUUAAGGAUUGUUAUCUUUCGCUUUGCUUUGUUUAAAGUAAACAAUUAUUUGAAAAAUUGUAAGAUAACCUCAUACAUAGUCCCUACCCCUUUUAAUCUUGCAUUCAGACACCAUUUCGGAAACAUAUGACUAAAAAGAAUAACUGCACAUAAGGACUAUACCAUUGUUUUAUGUCCAUGUAUAGUCAUGAAAAUAUUGCCUUAUGUAAUAAAUAUGUUAUUAUUUUUAAAGUGACUCUAAUUAGUUAAGGGUUUUUAAUUAAAUUUAUUAACAAAAGGGAAGUAUGAUGUUAGAUAAGUUAAAUUUAUUUUAACAAAUAUUUUAUUUAUUGCUUGAUAGUUUGGUUUAGAUCUGUCACUUGAAAUUAAACCAAUGAAUAGAAAUAGAAGUAAGAUAAAUAUGGAAAUUGUUUAAGAUAGGCGAUAAUUUUAGUUCUUGAUAUGCUACUUUGAGAUGUACCAGUACUUUUCUUUGCCACAGCACGUUUGUGAUUUUACUCAUAAUUCUGAAUUCGUGUGCAACAGUUUAUAUGCAAUGAGAAUGACAGAUGUUGAUUUAGGUGAUAUUGUAUAAGUGUGUAUUCGUAUGUAUGCAUAAAUUCUAUACCUAUCCUGAUAAUCUGACAGUGACAGUCAAUAUAAGUCUACAUACCAAGUUUAUGACUUAUUUUGGUAAAAAUGUCAUCUAGACUAGCCACAACUAUAAUUUCACUUGUAUGUCUUCAUACAUGAAAUAUUUAUAUCGGUUACGGGAUAUUUGUUUGAAAGAAAUUUCGUAGACGGAAAUUUGAUAGAACGGAAAUUUAGUUGAAUCUUUUUUUAGUUCACACGUUAAAAAUUUCCUCAAAUUUCUUUUUAAACGCACUAGUUUUUUUUUUUUUUAAAUCCAUUCAAGAAGAAAUUUGAAGCAAAAAAAAAAUUUGACCAAAUUACUGUUAGAUCAAUUUUCCGUUGACGGAAUUUUUAUCAAACAAAUUUCCGGAUAUGAUUAUACCUACCUAAACUUUAUGUAUGUAGGUCACUAAGUUUAAUCUUGUAAUCAUUUGUAGGAGCUUCUGCAAACAAUUAUUAGUAAAGUGAGUUACUGGUUUGCAUCAGGUCCACUAGAUGUCAGAAUGGAUUGAAAAUAUUUUGACUUUUUUUACGUACAUGAUACAUAAAAUUAGUUGGCCCUUAAUGGAAUAACUUUAUGAAUAUCUUAACUCCGUCCAAUAUUUCUAAUCUGUCUUACAUUAAAAUCAUGUUUUCUUUCAUUGACUAGACAUGUGAAAAUGAAUUUUAAUUAAUUAAAAGCUG